AUGUCAAGACCUCUUUCAUUUUUACUUCUCCUAUCCUUAUUCUACUCCUCUUCUGCUACAGUCUUAACUGAAAGCAACAUUGGCAGCUUUAUUUCUGGCUUUGCACAUGGUGUGAAUUCAACUUCUACAUUGGAAAUCCCUUGCAUUACUGCUUAUCCUUAUCUCGUAACACAAAUCACCACUUUCGAAAAUGCCAUUGCCGGAUAUCAAGAUUUUUCAACUCUUCUUCAUAUUUUUAAAUCUACAGUCAACGAAUUGGUGUCUUUCUGCAGGACUUGCAACUUUGAAAAUACAGUUCUAACCCUCCAAGCAAUGCUAACAACAGGUGAAGGGCUUGAUGCCAUUUUUAUCAUUGUCUUCACGAAUUUCUCGUUUUAUAAUACUGCAAUCAAGACUCUUUUUACUUCGCUGUCUAAUGGUCUAUAUUAUGAUGCAGGGACUCAAGCUGGAAUUGUUUAUUACAAGCUAUUUGGAUAG